GCUGCGGAAGGACCCUGAGGACCGCCGACGUCGCCCUCUUCCCCUGCCCGGGCAGAAGUCCCUGAGUCCCCACCUAUCGCCCCACGUUGACAACCGGCUGGAAAAGGGGGUCCACGGACGCUUGUGCGUGGCGCAGGGGCGUGUGGCCCGUCGGUGGUUUAAUCGUUAUUGUCCUGGGACUGUGAGGCCUUAAGAACAAGAUGCUGAUCGAGGGCGGAAUCUGUGUCCUUUGAGGAUGUGGCUGUGAACUUUACCCCAGAGGAGUGGGCUUUGCUGGAUUCUUCCCAAAAGAGGCUACACAGAGAUGUGAUGCAGGAAACUUUCAGGAAUCUGGCUGUCAUAGGAAAAAAGCAAGAGAACCAAAACCUUGAAGACGACUAUAAAAACUUAAGGAGAGUUCUGCCCAUUGCAGUUCAGAAUGAACACCAACAACGUGAGAUUCUGGAAUAUGCGGAAACACUGGGUACAUGUAAGGAAUGUGGAAAGGCCUUUAGUUCUCUCCAGUCCUUUUGGAAGCAUGUGAGGACUCACACUGGGGACAAAACAUGUGAAUGUAAGCAAUGUGGCAAAGCCUUUAGUAGUCAUAGUGAUGUUCAGAAACAUGAAAGAAUACAUGCUGGAGAGAAACCUUGUGUUUGCAAAGAUUGUGGAAAAGGUUUCAUGACUCUUACUGGUAUUCAGAGGCACAUGCUAACACACAAUGAAGAUGGACCAUAUAUAUGUAAGGUGUGUGGUAAAGUCUUUCACUGUUCCAAUUCAUUCUUUACGCAUGAAAGAACUCACACUGGAGAGAAGCUUUAUAGAUGUAAACAGUGUGGGAAAGCCUUCAGUUAUCCUAGUGGCCUUCGCCGCCAUGAAAGGAUCCAUAGUGGAGAGAAGCCCUAUGAAUGCAAGCAAUUUCUGAAAGUCUUUUCUUCUUUGAGUAAAGUUGAAAGGCAUGAACAGACUCACAGUGGAGUAACAUAUAUAUGUGAGCAAUAUGGGCUAGCCUUCAAUAAUCACAAUUCCCUUCAGUGCCAUGAAAAGAUUAGCAGUUUAGGGAAACCCUAUGUAUAUAAACAAUGUGGGAAAACAUUUACUUGUUCUGGUGCCUUGCGGAGACAUGAACGGAUUCAUACUGGAGUGAAGCCCUAUGAAUGCAAGGUAUGUGGGAAAGCCUUUAUUGAUUGUAGUUCCCUUCAAUGCCAUGAAAGGAUUCAUAGUGGAGAGAAACCUUAUGUCUGUAAGUUAUGUGGGAAAGCCUUCAGUCGCCAUGGUUCACUUCGAUACCAUGAAAGGAUUCACAGUGGAGAGAAGCCCUAUAUAUGCAAACAGUGUGGGAAGGCCUUCAUGCACCACAAUGCUCUUAGAUAUCAUGAACAGAUUCACAGUGGAGAGAAAUCCUAUGGAUGUAAGCAAUGUGGGAAAGCUUUUAUGCUGCGCAGUGCCUUGAAAAGACAUGAACGAAUUCACAGUGGAUUGAAACCAUGUCUAUGCAGGGUAUGUGGUAAAGCCUUCACAUUUCACAGUUCCCUUCAUUGUCAUGAAAGGACUCACACUGGAGAGAAACCCUAUAUAUGUAAGCAGUGUGGGAAAGCCUUUAUGUAUCUUAGUUCCCUUCGUUGCCAUGAAAAUAUUCACAGUGCAGAGAAACCCUAUGUAUGUAAGCUAUGUGGGGCAGCCUUCACUUACCACAGUUCCUUUCAACGUCAUGAAAGGAUUCACAGGGGAGAGAAACCGUAUGUAUGUAAGUUAUGUGGAAAAGCCUUCACUGAUCAUAGUUCCCUUAAAUGUCAUGAAAGGAUUCACACUGGAGAGAAACCAUAUGUGUGUAACCAAUGUGGGAAAUCCUAUAGUACUCACAGUUCCCUUCGAUACCAUGAGAGGAUGCACAUAAACUAUGUUGGAGGGCCUGCUCCUCUUUGAGUAAAUUUUAAACUCUAAAACAAAUUUACACUGGGGAAAAAACAAAAACAAAAGAUGUGCUUGUAAGCAGUGUCAAAAAACAACCUUCACAUGUUUUGAGCUUUCCUCAAAAUUUUAGAGAGGAGCCCUAAAUAAAGAAUGUAGGAAGUCGCCAUUAUCACAAGGUUGUCCUAGCAAACCUGAUAGUAUAAUGAAGGAUACUUGUAUUGAUGUAAAGCAUGUGGAACCACCUCUUCUUGUCUCAGUUCAUUUCACAGGAUCAAAUCCGAAGAGACUGAGAAGAUGGCUCGGCUAGUAAAGAGCUUGCCACACAAGCAUAAGAACCUGAGUUCAGAUCCACAUACAAGUCAGGUGUGGUGGUGUGUCCCUGUAAUCCAUUCUCUGGACAGGCAAAGACAGGAGAAUCCCUGGAGCUGGCUAAAUCUAGCCAAAUCGGUGAGCUCCAGGAUCAGAGAAUAACUGUCUCAAAAACAAAGUGGAGAGCAAUUGAGAAAGACACCCAUCAUUGACCUGUGGCCUCCACAUGUGUGUGCACAUGUACACCCCACAUACACAUGCAAAAGCACACACUAUAUCAAGAAGCCUUGAUUAGAAGAAGAAAUCUACAAAUCUUCACUUGGCCCUCAUACUCAAUACAAAUGACCAAAACCUUGUAAAUGAGAAAUAGAAUUGUUAUUUGUAACAUAUAGCUUCAAAGACUGAUGUAGUGUGAUUCUAUUUACAUAACUGCUGAGCACAGCCUGGUAUAAAACACAAUAUGUGUGGGAUACGUUAGAAAUUGUAUAACCUGAAGGAAAUGUUCUAAAAUUUAUAAAUAUUGUGUUUAUCAGUUGCUCAAUCUUAUGCUAGGUCUUGACUAUUUCCAAUUUCGUUAUUGAAAUUAAUGUUGCAGUGAAAUUAUUUCCUAAGAUUUACUUAAGCAGUAGUUUAUGAGCUUAAGUGGUAGCUUUCUAAAAUUAAUUCAGGCCAGGCGUGGUGGCACACACAUUUAAUCUCAGCACUCAGGAGGUUGGGGUAGGAGUAUUGCUGUGAGUUUGAGGCCAGCCUAAGCCUACAUAGUGAAUUCCAGGUCAGCCUGGAUUAGAGAAAGACCCUACCUUGAAAAACCAAAAUAAUGAUAAUAGGAAGAAGUCAUGUAAUAACUUCUGCUUUUAAGUUCAAACAUGUUCAACUGAUAAGUGAAUUGAAAUGUUUUUCUAAUAUGUGAGCAAUCCUAAUUUUUAUAUGUUUUUUUAAAUAUUGUGGUUAAUGGGCAAGUAAAAAAUGUUAAUUGUUGGGAUUUCCUACUAGACUGUUACCGUAGGUCAUAUAUACUGUUCAGAAAAAAAUGACUUUCUUAAGUGGAUUUACUAUUUUUACUUUUUAAUAUUUUCUCCAAGUAAGAUUUAUGUGCAUAUUUUUACAGUUUAACUGUUUUAAAUUGUGUGGAUUGAGAAAUGUUACCUUUUUCAUAUAUGGAGAACAUGCCUUAGAAUGUUCAAAAUAGUCAAGUAGAUCAACUUUGCAAUUUUUUUUCCUUUUAUGUCAGAAUCAUUACCAAAAAACUGGUGAAAAAUUCCUCAUUUAAUGGGUUCUAAUUAAUAUAACUAAUGUUCUUUUCCUGUGUAAAUUUGUCAUAUUUAUAUUGUUAAAACUUUUGUCUUUAUUAUACCAACAGAUAAUGCGGGUCUAAGUGCCCUCUUACCAGAGAUCACCAGGGCCAGGCUUUUGGUCACAUAGAAUGUAAUGAGUAGUAGUAAUAAAUCUGUCUACAUACAUAA